GUGCUACAGACAGACGGGGGCUACAAUUUUAUCGUCCUGUUUUUAUAUUUUUUUUCUUGUAGGUUGCACCAUGCGGUGUUUUUGUUGUUAUUUUUGUGUUCAGCUUCCGUUUAUUUUUUUUUGGCGGGAAGAUAUCUAUGGCGAUUCAAUAGAACAUGAAAUUAAAUAUGCAGGAAGAAGGUGGGGGAAGGAGAGCGGGAAAAAAAAAGAAUACGUUCGCGCUGUAGCCCCGUGCAGCCGCAGGACGCGUGGAAUACAUUUCACAAGAAAAAGAAAAAAUAAUAUGAGCCCUUAUACUAACUAACCCAAUGUUUCUUAUUCCGCUCAUUUCCCCGACAAAUCCUCACUCAUUCUGCUUCAUAUCGCCAAUCGCCACCGCCAUCGACACUGCUGACAAGUAGAGGAGGAAAUGCACCUGAACGAACCCGUCGUACUCGCUGAGAUGGACACCGACAGGAUGGAUCAUGAUCUCAUGCGUCCACACUCGUACCCGGGCUAUUACCCCCAUAACAAUCAUCACCAGCACCAUCAUCACCACCAUCACCACCAUCUUAUGGCCGAAGAUCCGCUGCAGGCCCAUACUGCGCGUCAGAAGCGAAAGAUGAAACUAAAGGACAUGGCCCUGCGAGAGUCUCGGGACCCGCAGGACCUGAUGGAAUCGCCUGAGCCCAUGGACAACAAGCGACGCCAUAUCGAAUCACACUCGAAAGAAUUCAAGGGCAAACAUCCUGUCAAGGAUUAUGCCCCCGGAGACAAGCGACUCAAGGUUAACAGGGAUAGUGGCGACCCCAUGAACGCACGCAGGGAAAAGAAGAACAGCAUGCGCAAGGUCCCCCGCGAACGCUCCGAGUCCCAUAUUUCGACAACUCGAGAUUCGACUCCAACUACUCCUGUCGAUGGAACCAUGUCCGAUCACGGCACGCCUCCUCCACGUCAACGUCGCCCAAUCGAGGGUAACAGCAACAACAGCAACAAUAUGCCUGGCGCCUCGCCUUCGAGUGGAAAUCGUCCACGUCCAUUUGUCUGUAAUAUUGAGGACUGCGGCAAGCGGUUUGUGGAUGCCCUUCAACUCGAACGACACAUCGACCGACAUAGACCCAAGGAACUGGAGUGUGAUCUGGAUAUGUGCGGCAAGCUGUUCUCCGAUAUCAUGCUGUUGCGUCGACACCAGUCCAUGGUACAUAAGAGGCGAUCCGAGAAAUGGGAAAGUCCACCUGGUACAACACGACAGCGUUCGGGUCGUUCAAGAAGACGGGAACCCCGGAUCGUGGCCUCGGGCGAUGUCAUUGACCCUGCUGUGUUGGAGCGUCAGCCAAGGGGUUCUCAAGAAGUCGACCACUCUGCUGAUGACUAUGGCGAAGAAGACUCUGGUCGAGAUGACGAUGAUGCUACACCUACCGCAACGCUUUCUAUCAAAAAAGAAAAGGAGCUGAAGCCAUCCCUGGUCAAGACACCCAAGGAACCCAAGGAAUUCAAGGGACCCAGGACUUUCAAGCAACCCAAGAUCAAGUCUCCCAAGGAACACCAGCCGCCCCAAGGCUAUAUUCCCAAGAAGCUGGCGCCCAAAGCCGGUGAUGACGGUACUGGAGCAGGUGACAUGGAUGUAGACGCAUCGGAAGUGACCAGGUUGUCGCCGCAAAGGGCCCAAGGCCCCUCUGAGGACGCCCAGUCCAAGGCCUCAGCAUCAGCCGGUUCUCGUCCCAGACCCUUCCACUGCACUUAUGAUGACUGCAAAAAGGUGUUCAUCGAUGCCAUCCAGCUGGAGCGCCAUCUCGAGCGACACGGGCCCAAGGAGCUUGAGUGCGGUAUUGACGGCUGUCGCAAGCGGUUCUCGGCCCAGAUGCUGCUUCGACGCCACCAAUCGAUGGUCCACAAGCGCCGAAGCCCAGCGGUGCCAAUCUCGUCUAAAACAGGAGCGAAUUAUCACAAGGCUGCGGCUGCGGCUGUUGCAUCCGGUCCCCUUGAUCCAUCUAGGCGAUCGACGCCUGCACCCCCUGCUCUUGCAUCGACUCUUCAUUCCCAUCCUACUCAAGAGGAAGAACGGGCUUCGACAUCUACUUCCGCAUCCCCAUAUGGCGAAUCAAGGCAGGCCCAAACAUCUUUUUUAUCAGAGACAGAGAACCGUUACGAACUGGACGAGGAUUAGCUCUUGGAGGCUACAUCAUGCCAUAGGUGGAUCGAUAUUUUUAUGUUAAUACUUUUUUUUUUUUUUUUGCAUUUUUUCCCCUUCCG